AUGGCGUCUGCCUCACGAAGCUUCUCCCGCGCCCUGCGCACCGCCGCCCCCUCGUUCCGUACUACCUCGACCCGCUCCUCUGCCCGCUUCGUCGCACCCACACAGAACGCCUUCCGCAACCAGCAACGCGGAUACGCUUCUCAGCAGGAAGGACCAGACAAGCAUGAGGGCAACCCAACUGGCCUAGCCUGGGGUGCGGGUGCCCUCCUUGUUGGUGCUGGUGUAUACAGCCUGUACACAUACAAGCCUGAGCUCUUCGGUCAAACCAGCAGCCAGAAGAUCUUCACUCCCAGGUUCGAGGACUACCAGAAGGUCUACAACCACAUUGCAAAGAGGCUCGAGGAGCAUGACGACUACGACGAUGGCAGCUAUGGACCUGUACUCCUGCGCCUGGCAUGGCACGCCUCGGGAACCUACGACAAGCUGACCAACACUGGUGGCUCCAACGGUGCUACCAUGCGUUUCGCCCCCGAAGGUGACCACGGCGCCAACGCUGGUCUCAAGGCCGCCCGCGACUUCCUCGAGCCCGUCAAGGAGGCCUUCCCAUGGAUCACAUACUCCGACCUGUGGAUUCUUGCUGGUGUCUGCGCCAUCCAAGAGAUGCAGGGUCCCAAGAUCCCAUACCGAGCUGGCCGCACCGACCGCGACGUUUCCUUCUGCACACCCGACGGCCGUCUGCCUGACGCAAGCAAGGACUCCAGCCACAUCCGCGCCAUAUUCGGCCGCAUGGGCUUCGACGACCGCGCUAUGGUUGCUCUGUCCGGUGCACACGCCCUAGGUCGCUGCCACACCGACCGUUCUGGUUUCGACGGUCCCUGGACCUUCUCCCCCACUACCCUGACCAACGACUACUACAAGCUCCUUGUCGAGGAGAAGUGGGCAUGGAAGAAGUGGAACGGCCCCAAGCAGUUCGAGGAUGUCAAGACCAAGAGCUUGAUGAUGCUGCCGACUGACAUGGAACUUGUCAAGGACAAGAGUUUCAGGAAGUACACAGACCUGUACGCAAAGGACAAUGACGCUUUCUUCAAGGACUUCGCCGAGAGCGUAAUGACACUGUUCGAGCUUGGUGUACCAUUCCAGCAGCCCGAGGACCAGCGAUACGUCUUCAAGAGCUCUUUCGACUAA